CGAUUGUCCUGACGGUGCGACGAACGGUACUGCUCCCUCAGCUUCCUGCUUCUUCCCCUCCACCCUCGUCCUGCCUCGCGCCUGCCCACCCGUCCAGAUCUCACCUGUUACACCUUGGUGGUACCUGAGUAUCGACCUCGCCGCACAUUCCCUCACUCCCGCUGCGUCACUUCACUCUGCCUGACGCGAGCGCUCCUGGUAGAUGAAAAAUCGCUCCACCCGCCUUGGAACCUGCCUGGCACCUGGCACCUAGCACCCAGCACCGACGCUUGUGUUUGCCGCAUUGUCCCGUGAAUGCUUCCUGAGCCCGAACACUCCUAAUAUAACGACUCGCACCUGCUGCCACCGUCGCAGCUUCCUCACCUUUGCCUUGGCCUCGCGACACCCUGAGCACACCGCCGCCACAUUGCAUGCAACAAACAACAACAACAACAUGUCGCCCUCGGACUUCGCCAGUCGGCACCACUCCAAAGCCUUCCCAUUUCGCCAGCUGUUCGUGCUCGGUCUCUGCAGAAUAUGCGAGCCAAUCGCCUUCAUGUCGAUCUUUCCGUACAUCUACUACAUGAUCGAAUCCUUCCACAUCACCGAGAACCACGAUCGCAUCGCUUUAUACGCUGGCCUCGUGACAUCCGUUUUCGCCGCAGCAGAAUGUUUGGGUGCUGGCUUUUGGGGUGGGCUCAGUGAUCGCAUUGGACGCAAGCCAAUCCUUCUCACCGGCUUGGCGGGCACGGGCAUCAGCAUGCUGAUGUUUGGUUUUGCCCCAAACCUUCCGGUCGCUCUGCUCGCUCGAGCAGUCGGAGGAGCUCUGAAUGGAAACAUUGGUGUGUUGCAGACAACCGUCAAUGAAGUCGUGAAAGUCGAGGCACAUCAAGCAAGAGCAUACGCCAUCAUGCCAACGGUCUGGUGCAUGGGUGCCUUCAUCGGAUCUGCACUGGGUGGCGCAUUGGCCGACCCUGUCCGCAACUAUCCCGGCAUCUUCCAUGAGGGCACCAUCUUCGACAAAUUCCCAUACCUCUUCACGAAUCUCGUCUGCACCGCAGUCGUGGUCUUCAGUAUGAUAGUAGGCGUGCUGUUCCUGGAGGAGACGCAUGAGGAUAUGAAGCACAAGCCAGACGUGGGCCUGCAGAUCGGCAACUGGAUCUUGGCACGAUUUGCAAGAAAGUCAACCUCGUGGAUCUCGAGCCGCAAGGGCGAGCUGACCGAGGAAACCCUCACUUUAAUCGAUGACAUGCCUCCGGAUUACAGAAGCACCGCUUCUUCGCCCGCCCUCACUCCAUCCAACCUAUCAAGCCUUCCACCUCCAGCGUAUCGAUCGAUCGACGCAUCUCCCCGAAACUCUUUGACGGCAGAGCAGAGAGCAGAUUUUGCACGAGAUGUUGAAGAGGCGCUCAAUCGAUCUGAAGAGCAAGCAAAGGCCAAAUCUGGUGUGGCAAACGCUUUCACUAAGCAGGUCAUGCUCAAUAUCACAGGCUACGGUAUCCUAGCCUAUCACACUAUUUCAGCUGAGCAACUCCUCCCAGUGCUUCUCUCCAUGCCGAAAUCCGACGAGCCUCCACAUCUCCCGUUCAAAUUCAUCGGCGGUUUCGCAAUGUCCACGAAGACGAUUGGAGGUAUCCUGUCGAUCCAGGGAGUCAUCCAGAUGAUCGCCACUAUUCUCGUAUUUCCCAUCGUCAAUCGCAGGUUGGGCAGCUUGUGGACCUACCGAAUGGUCGUCUUAUCAUACCCAAUGCUCUAUUUCCUGGUCCCAUAUAUCACUCUGGUUCCAGAUGCAGCAAAGCUGCCUUGCAUCUACCUCGCAAUCUUCUGGAAGGUCACCGCUCAAGCUUUCGCCUUCCCAUCCAGCAGCAUCAUGCUCGCCAACACCGCCCCAUCGAGCAAGGUACUCGGAUCACUGAACGGUGCCGCCGCUUCUGCUGCCUCAGCCUGCCGAGCGUUCGGACCAACUGUUUCAGGUGUCAUGCAGUCAGCUGGUCUUUCAAUCGGAACACUCGGCCUGCCCUGGUGGGUCAACGUCCUCAUCGCCGGCAUUGGAGCUGUUAUUAGCAUGUUCAUGGCCGAGGAGAAACGCCGAAGUUUCGACGAUGAGAAAGUUGUUCCAGAGCCGCCACCAACCGCAUCUGAUGUUGCUGGCGCAGCUGAGUACGGUUCCGGAAUGGCGGUCGCCGAAGACGCUAAUUGCGACAACCUCCUCACCGCUCCCAACUCACCAUUAAUCACGAGAUUCUCAUUCGAUAUUCGACGGAACCACACGCGUCGCGACAGCAAGACAUAGGCCCGAUGCCUCGAAAUACGCCCAGCUUUUUGAAGAUUUUUUGCUACGCUCUUGCGUUGUUUAUAGACUUGCGCGUUUGGGAUGGGCUAUCUGAGCGACUUGAUAUACCUACACGGCAUCGAUACAGGCGCCUUUCAGAGACGGGGUGCGCCAACUCACGUUGGACUUUGACAAAAAUUGGGAGUUUUUGAAAAUGGGAACGGCUUUUUGGGCGACAUUACUUUUUGAAACUCGACCCAGCAUCGGAACAGGCGCGAUCAUGAUACUUGGCCAGCGAGCCACUAUGUUUUGGAUACCCUUUACAGUAAAUCGGCUUCUUCAAUGGAGCAUUUCAUGUGUGAGAUAGGAACGAAGAAAGCGAGAAGAAGAAGAAGAAGAGCAAAACGGGGCCUGAAAGGUGGACAUUCAUAGGCAGAGGAAACUGUACUAUUAUUCUCCGAUGCAUCCUUUCUCAUCUCUGUCAGUCAAUAUACCUGCAUGUGCGCACACUUGCCUAAU